AUGAACUGGUGGCUCUAUUUUCUCGACAAGACCAACUUCACCGUCACUACCCUGACUGCGGCAGUGAUUCUCUUCACUCGUUCAGCGGGGGUUGCUUAUUUUGGAAGCACCGUAUUGGCGACAACACUCAGCGUCAAGUAUGUUCUGAAACGUCUAAUCAAGCAACCAAGACCACCGGUGGGCAGGAAAAAGACAUACGGGUGUGCCUUCCGCGAGUUGUUACGACGAUAUAAGCUGCUGAAUAGGCACGUUCACAGGAUGCCCUCAACUCACUCUGCCUCUGUCUCAUUUUACGCUACCUACAUCACUCUUUCCGCCCUCCAACUCCCCCUCCACCCUUCUCUGCCUCCGGCCGCGCGUUUGUUCCCUGUGGUGGCCAUCCCAUGGGCGAUCUUGGUGAUGCUAUCCAGAAUAUGGCUUGGGCAUCAUACCGUUGCUCAGAUAGCUGCUGGGUGUGGUUAUGGGAUAGCUUGCGCUUGGCUCAGCCUAAAAUUGUGGACUGCGGGUGGGCUGAAUGCGUAUGGUAGCGCGGCGGAGCAACUUGUACAUGAGUGGUUGAGAUGA